UUCAACAAACCGAAAUCAAGUCGAGGAUCACUGAUGCAGCAUCCAUUACUUCUCCGCUCCUAAUUCCUGCUCCUACAUACAUCCUCAAGACCUUUGAUCACUCUCGAUCAAUUGUUCCCUUUUUUCUUCCCAUCAACCACCCAUACCAACCUUCUUAAUUGUACUUUUCAUCUUAACUGGUCCUUGCAUUUUCCAGCAGCGAGGCGUCGCUAUUCGACGAAGCUACAAAUUAGACUGAAAUCAUUUCCAGUCCAGUCCCUCACACACGACCUGAACCAACUUUUCACCUUCUCUCCACACUCAUCACUGGAUACCCUCUCACACUUUCGUUGAGACGUCUGCGGACGUAAAAUACACACGAAAAUGCGCCCCGAAGUCGAGCAAGAGCUCGCCCAUACGCUCCUUGUCGAGCUUCUGGCAUAUCAAUUUGCAUCUCCUGUGAGAUGGAUUGAAACCCAAGAUGUCAUUCUCGCCGAGAAGACGACCGAGCGAAUCGUCGAAAUUGGUCCUGCGGAUACUCUGGGUGUGAUGGCCAAACGCACAAUCGCCUCGAAAUACGAAGCCUAUGACGCUGCGAAGUCUGUUCAGCGACAAAUUCUUUGCUACAACAAGGAUGCGAAAGAAAUUUAUUACGAUGUAGACCCGGUUGAGGAUGAACCUGUACCAGCUGCUGGUUCAAGCGAUUCUGCCCCAGCUCCUACUGCUUCUUCUUCCAGCUCAGCACCAGUCGCUGCAGCGCCUCCUCCACCGGGCGCCGGGCCAGCAGCACAAGUUCCAGAUGCGCCAGUUGGUGCAGUGGACAUUGUACGAGCAUUGAUUGCUCAAAAGCUCAAGAAACCACUUAUGGAGAUUCCCUUGAGCAAAGCGAUUAAAGAUCUUGUCGGAGGUAAAUCCACCCUCCAAAACGAAAUACUCGGUGAUCUAGGCAAGGAAUUCGGAUCGACACCCGAGAAGCCAGAAGAUACUCCCCUAGACGAAUUAGGAGCUUCCAUGCAAGCUACUUUCAAUGGACAACUCGGAAAGCAAUCGUCAUCUCUGGUUGCGCGACUGAUUUCAUCAAAAAUGCCAGGUGGUUUCAAUAUCACAGCAGCCAGGAAAUACUUGGAGACACGAUGGGGCUUGGCCUCUGGCAGACAAGACGGAGUUUUGCUAUUGGCGCUGACCAUGGAGCCCGCGGCACGUCUUGGCUCUGAGAAUGAUGCAAAGGCGUUCCUGGACGAUGUGUCUCAAAAGUACGCUGCAAAUGCUGGUAUCAGUUUAUCUACACCUGCAGCGGGUGGUGACGGAGGCGGUUCGGGAGGUGGAAUGAUGAUGGAUCCUGCUGCGAUCGAUGCCCUGACGAAGGACCAGAGAGCAUUGUUCAAGCAACAACUCGAAUUGUUCGCUCGCUACUUGAAGAUGGAUCUUCGCGCUGGCGAAAAAGCCUUCAUUGGCUCUCAACAGUCAUCACAAGCUCUUCAAGCACAAUUGGAUCUCUGGAACGUCGAGCAUGGAGAUUUCUAUGCUGCUGGUAUUGAGCCGGUUUUCAGCUCUCUCAAAGCAAGAGUCUACGAUUCCUCGUGGAAUUGGGCACGCCAAGAUGCUCUGACCAUGUACUACGAUAUCAUUUUCGGUCGUCUGAAGGCAGUUGAUCGAGAAAUUGUCAGUCAAUGCAUUCGCAUCAUGAACCGAUCCAACCCGACUCUCCUCGAAUUCAUGCAGUAUCAUAUCGAUAACUGCCCGACCGAGAGAGGCGAGACAUACCAACUGGCGAAGGAACUUGGCCAGCAAUUGAUCGAGAAUUGUAGAGAAGUUUUGGGUGUGGCACCGUCCUACAAAGAUGUCGCUGUCCCAACCGGACCCCAUACCACAAUCGACGCGCGUGGCAAUCUCGAAUAUGCUGAGAUUCCCCGGACUAGCGCUCGAAAACUCGAGCAUUACGUUCGGGAGAUGGCUGAUGGUGGAAAGAUCUCAGAAUACGGCAACCGCACAAAAGUCCAAAAUGAUCUGAGCCGCAUUUACAAACUCAUCAAGCAGCAACACAAGCUCUCAAAAUCUUCUCAACUGCAAAUCAAGGCGUUGUAUGGCGAUGUCAUCCGAUCAUUAGCAAUGAGCGAGGGUCAAAUCAUUCCUAAAGAAAACGGGAAUGGCAAGCUCAAUGGCCAUGCCAAGAAGAGUGCUGUUCGUAACGGAAACCCAAAGAAUGGGAAAGUCGAGACUAUUCCUUUCUUGCACUUGAAGAGAAAGGAUGAACACGGGUGGGAGUACAGCAAGAAGCUCACAGGCCUCUACAUUGACGGUCUCGAGCAAGCUGCCAAGUCUGGUGUCAGCUUCCAAGGCAAGAAUGUCUUGAUGACUGGUGCUGGAGCUGGCUCAAUCGGUGCAGAUGUCCUUCAAGGCUUGAUCAGCGGUGGUGCAAAGGUUGUUGUCACUACUAGUCGAUUUUCACGCGAAGUCACGGAAUACUACCAAUCCAUGUACGCCCGCUACGGCUCUCGGGGCUCUCAACUCAUCGUGGUUCCUUUCAACCAGGGCAGCAAACAGGAUGUGGAGGCUUUGAUCGAGUAUAUCUACGACACCAAGAAGGGUCUUGGUUGGGAUCUUGAUUUUGUCGUUCCAUUCGCCGCUAUUCCAGAGAAUGGCCGCGAAAUCGACAGCAUUGACUCAAAGUCUGAACUCGCUCACCGUAUCAUGUUGACAAAUCUUCUUCGUCUUCUUGGAUGCAUCAAGACUGAAAAGGCCGAGCGAAGCUUUGAGACUCGACCCGCUCAGGUCGUCUUACCUCUCUCCCCCAACCACGGCACUUUCGGUAACGACGGUCUCUACUCAGAAUCCAAACUCGCCUUGGAGACUCUGUUCAACAGAUGGCAUUCCGAGAGCUGGGGUAACUUCCUCACAAUCUGCGGCGCCGUCAUUGGUUGGACUCGUGGUACCGGUCUCAUGUCUGGCAACAAUAUUGUUGCUGAAGGCGUCGAGGCUUACGGUGUACGAACGUUCUCACAACAAGAGAUGGCUUUCAACCUUCUGGGUCUUAUGUCGCCCACUAUUGUUGAUCUUUGCCAAUCUGAACCUGUGUUUGCUGACCUGAACGGUGGACUACAAUUCAUUCCAGAUCUCAAAGACUUGAUGACCAAGAUCCGAAAGGAUAUCAUGGAGACGAGCGAGGUCCGACAAGCUGUCACAAAAGAAACAGCUAUCGAGAACAAGAUUGUCAAUGGAGAGGACAGCGAGGCGCUCUACAAGAAAGUCACCGUUGAGCCACGUGCCAAUAUCAAAUUUGACUUCCCUACUCUUCCGGACUGGAACAAGGAGAUUGCGCCACUUAACGACAACCUCAAGGGUAUGGUUGAUCUUGAGAAGGUCGUUGUUGUCACUGGGUUUGCUGAAGUCGGACCAUGGGGUAACUCCCGAACUCGAUGGGAGAUGGAAGCUUAUGGCCAAUUCUCCCUUGAAGGCUGUGUCGAGAUGGCGUGGAUCAUGAAUCUCAUCAAGAACCACAACGGACCCAUCAAAGGCAAGCAAUACGCGGGUUGGGUGGACGCUAAGACAGGAGAGCCAGUUGACGACAAGGACGUUAAGUCCAAGUAUGAGAAGCACAUCCUCGAGCACUCUGGUAUCCGUCUCAUCGAACCAGAACUCUUCAAGGGAUAUGAUCCAAACAAGAAGCAACUUCUCCAAGAAGUUGUGAUUGAGGAGGAUCUGGAGCCAUUUGAGACCUCAAAGGAGACUGCCGAAGAAUUCAAGCGUGAGCAUGGAGAUAAGGCAGAGAUCUUCGAGAUCCCUGAGUCUGGAGAAUAUAUCGUGCGCAUGAAGAAGGGAGCCACCCUCAUGAUACCCAAGGCUCUCAAAUUCGAUCGUCUUGUCGCUGGUCAAAUUCCAACCGGCUGGGACGCCAAGACCUAUGGUAUUCCAGACGAUAUCAUCUCACAAGUCGAUCCCGUCACCUUGUUUGUUCUUGUUUGCACCGUCGAAUCGUUAUUGACAUCUGGAAUCACCGAUCCAUAUGAAUUCUACAAGUAUGUUCAUCUGUCCGAAGUCGGUAACUGCAUUGGUUCCGGCAUUGGAGGUACCCACGCUCUGAGAGGCAUGUACAAAGAUCGAUACUUGGACAAGCCACUCCAGAAAGAUAUUCUUCAAGAAUCUUUCAUCAACACUAUGAGCGCUUGGGUGAAUAUGUUGCUCCUCUCUUCCACUGGUCCUAUCAAGACGCCUGUAGGUGCUUGUGCAACUGCUGUGGAAUCAGUCGAUAUCGGAUACGAGACCAUUGUUGAGGGCAAGGCACGAGUCUGCUUCGUCGGUGGUUUCGAUGAUUUCCAAGAGGAAGGUUCCUACGAAUUCGCCAACAUGAAGGCUACCAGCAAUGCUGUUGAUGAGUUCGCCCACGGUCGCACACCCAAGGAAAUGUCGCGACCUACCACCACAACCAGAAACGGAUUCAUGGAAUCGCAAGGUUGUGGUAUGCAAGUUAUCAUGACAGCCAAACUUGCUCUCGACAUGGGCGUACCAAUCUAUGGUAUUCUCGGCUUGACCACCACUGCCACCGAUAAGAUUGGUCGAUCAGUCCCUGCUCCUGGACAAGGUGUUCUCACAACCGCUCGUGAGAAUCCUGGAAAGUUCCCAUCGCCUUUGCUUGACAUCAAAUAUCGUCGCCGCCAAAUCGAGCUUCGAAAGAAGAACAUCAAGCAAUGGCAAGAAUCAGAACUUGAGUAUCUUCAUGAGGAGAUUGAUGCCAUGAAAUCACAAGGCAUCGAAUUCAACGAGUCUGAGUACGCUCAAGAGCGUGCAGCACAUAUCGAGCAGGAAGCUGCACGACAAGAGCGUGACGUCUUGAAUAGCCUUGGCAACAACUUCUGGAAGAAGGAUCCUUCCAUUGCGCCUCUUCGUGGUGCUCUGGCCACUUGGGGUCUUACUAUUGACGACCUUGAUGUCGCAUCCUUCCACGGUACUUCGACUGUCGCAAACGACAAGAAUGAGUCUUCCGUCAUAUGCCAGCAAUUGAAGCAUCUUGGUAGAAAGAAGGGCAAUGCCGUUAUGGGUAUUUUCCAGAAGUAUCUUACUGGUCACCCCAAGGGUGCUGCUGGUGCUUGGAUGAUGAACGGCUGCUUGCAGGUUCUCAACACCGGGUUGGUCCCUGGUAACCGAAACGCCGACAACGUCGACCAGGUCAUGGAGCAAUUCGAUUAUAUCGUGUAUCCGAGCCGAAGCAUUCAGACAGAUGGCGUCAAGGCGUUCUCUGUCACCUCCUUCGGUUUCGGCCAGAAGGGUGCUCAAGCCAUCGGUAUCCACCCUAAAUAUCUGUUCGCUACUCUUGACGAAGCCACCUACGCCAGAUACAGCGCCAAGGUCGAUGCCCGACAAAAGAAAGCCUACAGAUACUUCCACAAUGGCAUGAUCACCAACACCAUCUUCGUUGCCAAGAAUCACUCACCAUACACCGACGAUCAAAUGAGCGAAGUCUUCCUCAACCCCGAUGCCCGUGUGACCAUGGACAAGAAAUCGGCCUCUCUCACCUUUGCUACGAACUUUGCCAAGCAUACCACUAACAAGGCCAAGACGAACAGCACCAAGGAAAUGGUUGAGUCACUAGCCAAGGGUGCCGCGACUGCCAACAACAAAGUUGGUGUAGAUGUUGAAGACAUCGCUGCGAUUAACAUCGAGAACGAUACCUUCUUGGAGCGUAACUUCACGGAUAAGGAGCAAGCCUACUGCCAUAAGGCCCCUCACCCCCAGGCAUCGUUCGCCGGGAAAUGGAGCGCAAAGGAAGCUGUCUUCAAGUCGUUGGGAGUCGCUAGUAAGGGCGCGGGUGCUCCAUUGAAGGAAAUUGAAAUUACCAACAACGAAAAGGGUGCCCCAAUUGUCACUCUUCAUGGUGAUGCCGCAGAAACCGCCAAGAAAGCCGGUGUCAAGGAGAUCAGCAUUUCGAUCUCACACUCAGAUAGUCAAGCGAUUGCUAUCGCUGUCGCCUCAUUCUAGGCAUUGCUAUCUUGUAUAUUGCUUUCAAUUAUUGAUGGGGAAUAUACUGGCGUUUUUGCUUAGGGUCAUCUUUUGUAUUGUGAAAGAGGGUUUGGUGGGC